GUCAUUUCUUUGUAAACAUUAAAGUAAUUUUAGGAGAACACGGCAGUAUCAUUUUAUUAAAAACUAUAAUAGUUGUUGAGUAAAGUUGAGAAAAGGCACAGGUCAGCCAUGUCACUGCAGGCUUUCUCCUUUCCAUUCCCUGAAACGCGGUUCUUCAGAGCUGGUUGUCUCAUCUACAAGUUCAAGAUCAGAGGAGGCAGCAGCUACAGUGGAGAGGAGUUGAUGGGAGGAAACUGCUACGAUCAGGAACUGGAGGACAUCAUCAGAACUGUUCUCGGCAACCUGAACAGUCUCCAGCCUUUCACUAGUACACACUUCAAUGUCUUCCCUUAUAGGAGGCGUUGGGAGGGAGUGUCUGAGGUGAUGUGCAGACAUGGUGAGACGAAGCUGAGAGCCUAUCCUUUUAUUCUUAUCCUCUAUGUGGAGAAAAACACCCAGAAUGGAAAGCAAGCAAAGGAGAAGUUAAACCCAGACAAAGAGGUAUCACAGCACCUCCCCUGUGUUUCUGAGCCCCAGUCAAAGCGCUGUAAGAGAGAUUCACCACUAGAGGAGGCCAAACUAAAAGACUUAAUAAAGGACUUAGUGGAUGAAAUCAAGAUGACUGUGGGCCAGCUGCACAUGGACAAGCCACACUCAGAGAGAGAGGUCCUAGAAGAUCCAGGACAUGCUGACAAGAAAAGGAUCCACAGGUUUAACAAACCCAAUCUGCAUUCAGGUGUCAGAGACAGUGAGAGUCCAGGUAAAGUGCACCCUGGCACAACAUGGGAUGGAGAAGAAGAAGAGGAGGGUGGUGAGGAAGGAGAAGAUGUAGACUCGGCCCCUGGGAUACCUGUGAGGCCAGGGAUUCUGACUCGACUGGCCAGCCAUAUCUUCCCUUUCUCCCUGUUCUUCCGAGACCACUGAGAAACGGGUGGGUCUUACUGGUUCCAGCAGUGGAGCCUCACUGGGGUUUAUUCUACUCCGAGCACAAAAAUGUUUUGAUUUCUUCAUGAACAAAAUUCAGUAGAUUUGUUAGUUUCCUUCAUCUUCCAUUGACUACUUGUUUCUACUGUUAGUGUCAAUAGUUUUCUGUUUACCAGAGAUUGUUCUCUUACUGUUCAUGUUAGAUUUUGUAUUGUAUUGAUUAGUUAUAAAAUGUUAACUAUUGCUACAGUUUAUUUGAUACCUUUUGUUCACCAGAAUGUAGUGUAGUGUAUUGUUUAUUACACUGAACUGGGUUUAUAACCUUUAAUAUGCUGGCACUGACAGGAAGUCAUAUACUGUAGUUUAUUAGUUGUCUAUUGUAUUAAAAGGACUGAAUUUGUGCAAAUACUUUGCCUC